GCCGCCUGUAGUUCAUGGACAAAAGCAGUCGUUAUCAUUAAAAGAUUUCCCCAAAGAAGGUUCCAGCUUUCAAGGGAAAAUUGCUAAAUAUCAGGUGAUCAAACUUCUUGGUAAAGGUGGCUUUGGUGCUGUCUUUCAAGUGCAAUCAUCGACUGAUGACAAAAUGUACGCUGCCAAGUUAGAAUCUUACAAGCAUUCACGCAAGGUCCUUUUGAUGGAUUGCCUCGUGUUACGAGGAGCUGAAAUACUGAAGAGUCCACAUUUUUGUAAAAUUUUCGAACUCGGUAAAGUGGAAGGAAAAUUUCGUUUCAUUAUUAUUACAAUGUUGGGUCCAAGUUUACAUACAUUACGAACAUCACAAGCAAGAAAUCAUUUCUCACUCGGAACAGCAUUACGAUUCGCUCAGCAAACUCUGGAAGCUUUACAGGACAUGCAUUCUAUUGGAUUUCUUCAUCGCGAUGUUAAACCAUCAAAUUUUGGAGUUGGUCGUCCAGAAACAAACGAUUUUCAUAUUGUUUACAUCUUCGAUUUUGGUCUUGCUCGACAGUUUGCUACACGAACUAAAGAUUGCCGUCUGCCACGCAAAUCUGCUCCAUUUCGUGGUACUCCACGAUAUGCUUCGUUAAACAGUCACAGAAAACGGGAACAAUCACCGAAAGAUGAUAUCGAGUCUUGGUUCUAUAUGGUCAUCGAGUGGACAGUAGGCGCUCUACCUUGGAGAAGCUUUAAAAAUCAGGAUCGUGAUAAGAUCAUGUUAAUGAAAGAGCAAAGUCGGGAAGCAGCUGGAGUAGAUUUACUUUUGGAAGGUUGUCCAUUGCCGCAUUAUCGGAUAAUCAUGCAAUAUGUUGAUAAUUUACAGUACGCUAGUAUUCCCGAUUAUGGAUAUAUCUAUUUCUUACUCAAACAUAUUGCUAAAAGGAACGGAAUAGCUCCUGAUGAACCGUUGGAUCAUGAUCCGGAACAUCCGUAUAGCGGUACCGAAACACCACCAUCAUGUUUACCUUACGGUGUGCUCAUAUCGCCCAUUCAAUCAAAAAGCACCAUUGAGGAUGAUAACAAAAAAUGA